AUGCCUCCGAAAAAGCCUAAAUAAAUUGAUCCCUAAUUAUAAUAGGUAUUGAAAAAGUAGAUAAUAGGAACAAUUUGAAAAAUGGAAAGAAUCUGAUGAGUUUAGAGUUUGGAAUGAACUUAAGAUAGUUUCGAAAUCACUAGACGCUAAUAUUUCUGAAACGACUAAAGAUUUAACUGGAAACUGGCAAGUAAAAUUCAUGUUAAAUAGAUAUAUCAUAAUAAAUUGUUUGAAUUAUGCUAAGUAUUUAAGUGUAAACCAAAGUUCAAAUAUAUUGAUCAUAUUCAUAUUCGAAGCGCAUUCUUUGCUCAAGAAGAUAUUGAAAUAAAUAAAUAGAUCAUAAAACAAUAUAUAGAUGGCAUUUAUUGUUCUGUUGAAAAAUUAGACAAAGAUCGAGGAAACCAUGUGAAAUAGGCUUUUGCAAAAAUAUUCAGAAGUAACUUAAAAAAAGUGAGAUUAUUUUAGCUUUGGAGGAUCAUAAGUUUUUAGAAAUGAAUUCUGAAAAUUAUUAAGCAGAAAGAAAAAAUUUGCAAACGUUAUUGAAUGAAUUUGUUAAAAAAUUGCCUAUUCUAAUUAAGAUUAGUCAUAAACUUAUAGAAGAACGUUUGAUGUAAGUAACAGCAGCAUUGAGAGCACUCCUAGAAAUUAAUAAGAAAUUAAUGUUUUUUGAUUUGAGAAAUACAGCACAUCGAGAUCGGAUGAUUAGAGAUUUUAUUAUGAAAGCAGAUAUUGAAUAAUAUUGCAUUUGCUUAUAAGAAUGCUAAAGAAUCUUACUUGAAUCAUAGGCAAUAAAAGCCAAUCCUAACGUAAAGCUUAUUUUUAACAAAUUAGGUUAUGAAAAUUGGUAAGUUAUAUAUAUGUAUAUGAAUUUAGGUAAAAUAAUAAAAUAGAAUCAUUUUAUCUGAAACCACUACUUGAAGCAUUCGAAAAGAUGAGAAGGAAUUUGUUUUGUUUGAUGCUGAAAGGUAUAAAUUAUUAUAAAGCACCUUUGAUGGAUAAUUAAGUAUGUUUAUAUAAAAAUCAUUAGUAAUUUGUAAUUGAUAUUAAUGAAGUCAUUAAGGCAGAAUUAAUAAGUGAACAUUUACUUGGAUCUGCAUUAAAAAGAGACUAAAUUAAUUUUGUAUUUAAAGUUUUAAGCGUAAUUUUUAAUGCAAAUCCUUAAGCAAGGGAGUUUUUGCAAAAGAAAGAUGAAAAUUGCGUUAAGGGUAGCAUACCAAAAUUAAUAGCUUAUCAUACGAUCCUAUAUAUGAGAGCUUGGAGAGAUAGAAAAAAAGAGGAUGAUUUAAAGUAGUAAAAAUAGGAAGAAUAAGAAUUAUAGAAACAAACAUUACUUCAAAAUUCAUAAUUACAAAGUACAUAAGAUGAAAAUUUGGCUAAUGCUCAAUCUAGUGUUUAUAUUUCUCCUGAAAGAAAAAGAUAAGUAGAAGAAGAAUAAAAAAGGAAGGAAGAGGAAUUAAAGUUGGCGGAAGAGACAGCAAGAGAAAAAGAGCAAUAAAAAUUGAUGGAUAAGUAUGGAAGGUAUUGGUUAUGGGAUUUUUAUUGUACAUAAGAAAAUAAAUAAGUGUUUGAAGAUUGUGUGGAAAGAGUUAGACAUAUUAAUAAAGCAGUAUAACAAGAUAUUGAAGAUGAAAUAAUUAAAGAAGGUAUGAUACCAAAGUAUAAAACGUAUUAAAAUUUAAUUUAGGAUUCGAAAUAGAUAAUUACAAUAAAAUGAUCCAAGUCUAUUAUUUAAUGAAUUAAGAAAGAAAGAUUAUGAUAACUAAUAUGUUUUAAUGAGAAGACCUCCAGAAUUAUGGAAUUAUCCAAAAGUAAUUGAAGAAGAGCAUUAAUUCAGGGCAAUUGCUGAUCCUAGGAAAUGCUACAUAGAUUAAAGAAUUGAAAAUUUAGAAGAAAGAAUAAAUCAAUUAGCAAACCAUCUUUAAACAUAUAAGCCAUAAACAUGGAAAGAAUUAAUAGAAAGAGUCAUCGAUGCAUUAAAAGAAACUUACAUUUAAGAACCCACUUAAAUCGAUGAAUAAUGA